AAGGUUGCACUAUUUCAGAUUGUUGCUUCUGUUACAGAAGGUUGCACUAUUUCAGAUUGUUGCUUCUGUUACUGAAGAUUGCACAGUUUUAGAAAGUUGCAACUCUUCAAUGAAAGUACACACUGUUUCAGUGAACCAGUUCUACCCACCUGAUCCCCUUCAGGUUAAAAACAUUCUCUACAGCUGCUCUGUCCGUUUCCAAUUGCAUCAAAAUUCAACUUGUGGUGCUGCUGAAAAUUUUGGAACUGCUGCAAAACCUAAUGGCAUAAUGCAUGAACCUGUACGUGCUGAUAGACCCAAUGCAUUCAGUGACAACAGCUCAUCUGUUCUCUCUUGCAUACAAACAGCAGUUCCCUCUAACAUGGGGUUGAGACAAAUAAUAGAUGGGAGGAUUAUUAAGAAAGAACCUGUCUAUGGUGGGAAUUCUCCGUUUGCCUUUGGUCCUCACGGCAGUUACUUGGAGUCACGUUCUGCAAUGGGUGAUGCAUCUGUUUCGUCAUUUAGUAGUGUGGAGUCUAACACACAACCUCUUAAUGAACCUUUUCUAGAUGCUGACACUACUUCAUUUGGAUUUCUUGGGGAGAUGCCUCAAAAUUUUGGUUUCUCAGACUUAACUGCUGAUUUCACUAAUAGUUCUGGUAUUAAAAUGAGCUGGUAUGAUGCUAAUCAGGCAUAA